UUGCGGAGGGGGAUGGUCGUGAGGGAAGGAGCAUAGAUCCGUCGUGUACGGCGGAUCUGGAAAUGCAGGGACACCGCCGGUUCUCAGUCACAGUAUCGCGUCCUCUCGGUCCGCCUCGACGAUAUCGACGCAGCCGAUGACUGCGUCGACGCUAUCCUCUUCCGUUUUUUCUUCUUCCGCAGUGUCAUCCGGUUCGCGAGAGUGGGUGAUUUUCUUUCUCUUUCUCUCGACGUUCGUGAACUUUUAUGAAUGCAGCGAUCUCACACGCUUUUCUUCUUUCACGAAGAUUAGAUCUGCGUCGGUACGCUUUGUUGUUUGCACCAUAAUUAAGAAGCUAUCUCUAUGUGGGUUCUAGGUUUCGAUUAUUUCGAUCGAGAAAUUUCUUCGUGCAGUUAUCACCGUGGAGACUGUAAUGUAUGUAAAUGGGCGACUUUUGCUUGAGAAAUAAGGGAACGUUUCGGCUCGGCUAUCGCUGCGAAAACGACCAAGAGGAAACUCGUGGAACGCGUGUCGCAACCUCACGAAGCACCAGCGUGACCAUGAUUUUGCGAACGUGUCUCUGCAUCAAUCUCUUAACGGUUUCGGCGUUGUGUCUGACAGCAGACGAGAUCGAGGCUCAGAGAAGUGGCUGGAACCUAAAUCCCAACACGCAGUAUCACAUUCAGACCGAUGAGGGUCCGGAGAGAUUUUUUCGCUUUCAAACAGCGAACGGUCAGUACAGAAAAGAGAAGAGAUUGGCUGAUGGCACGGUGAUCGGCACCGAAGGCUGGUUGGACCCUCUCGGAUAUUUACGACUGAAGGAUUACAUCGCGGAUCACGAGGGAUUCCGAAUACUAAGGUCGAAGAUGGUUUACGUGGGUAAGGACCGACCUAUUCAGGACGCGGUGGCGGAAACAAAGAAGGUUCCAGCACAAACCGGAAUCUUGGCCAGACCCAAAAGGCCACCUAAUCCGUUCAGACGACCAGAUCCUAACGCCGUCAUACCGCUGUCCGGCAACGACAUCACUUCCGGUUAUUACGUUCCGACGACCAUCAGACCUCGACCAAUUUCGAGAAACAAUUAUUACCCAAGUCGAUCAGGUUACCCUUCAUCUGGCCUUCAGAGCCUGGAUACCUAUCACCGACCACAGGCGUUCUAUCGCGGAUCAGCAGCUCGACCACCGACUCAGAUUCUCGAGGCUCCCUACGAUCCCGCUAUCGGAAGCUCGACUAUCAGGUCGAGCUAUCAAUCGCCCAUUUCUCGAAACGACGAUUUCUCGCCGUACGACGGCACUCACACUACCGCGAACGGUUUCCAAUAUUAUUUAAGGAGACAGUAUCACGAGGAGGAACGACAGCCCGAAGGCAACAAUAUUGGCUCGUUCGGCUACAUCGAUCCGUUCGGUAUCAGACGGGUGAUUUAUUACAAGACGGAUCCGUUCACCGGCGGAUUCCUCCACAAGAAGAACAAUCGGUACGUCGGCUUCAAUGCAACGCCAUACGAUCCUCUUCCGCCUGAUCUGUCCAGAACGCGGCUCUCGAGAGCCCCCCCGACGAGCACCUCGUAACAGUUCCGUCGUUGUUCAUCGCUUUGCCACGUUGUAGGCAUCAAGUUUUAUCGCGAAGAGCUCAUCAUCCGAUACCGCGUCGACGCUGGGUUUCGCUACGCUGGACGGCCUUGGUUCGACUCGAUGAUCUCGACCGCGAGACCGCUCGUCGAGUCGAACUGCCGCCUGUUAUCGAUGCUCUCUUAAGCAAUCUUUGUUGAUCGUGAAUUUUCCAGUCCACCAAUGGAACCAAUGGACGUCGGAGAGAGGAAGAACAAUGGUGAAUAUACAGAUACAAUACGGCGAAUGUAGAGAUCGGUGCUCUAUAUUCUAUGGGGGAAGCGAUGGAGGUUCUUCGGAAUUCUCGAUCACCAACGUUGCUUAUAUAAUAUAUAGAUAUAUAACGUUUUCUCGAAGUGCCACGAGUGAUAUUUGUCUGAUGUACGACUCCGUUGUGUCAGCAUCGCCAACGGUUCCCAGUAUUAUCCGAGAUGAUAUAACGUUACGACGAACGAGGGGUCGAUUGAAUCAGGAGACGAUCGAAAUGCAGCGGAUAAGAAGGCUCCAACAGAGAGGAGAGGAGAUAAGGAUUAUGUGAGAUUAACACAAUGACUUUUCGUCAUUGAGAACCAAGGCGGCGGCUUCCUGAUUCGUCGUCCUGCCUUUGUUCUGUUAUUAUCGCGAGCAGAUGAUCGAAUACCGCCAAGAGAGACAACGUUAGAUGCCAUGCUGGACUGUAACUCAGUUUUCAGGGAAGCGUGGUGGGACUUCCUUGAAAAAAAAAAAAAAAGAAAAUCGUAGAUUUCGCGUACGGACAAUGUUCGCCAAUCUUUCUAGUUGCGUCAUCGAUCCAUGAAACGUGCGAAAACUUACACCCGCUAUUGUCUUCGCGCUCAAGUUUCUUCCAGUAGUCUGACAUUUUAGAAAGUAUAUUUAUUCAAAUUAAGGAUGCAAGUGAAGCAUACAAAUUUACAUAUACAAUUUUUUUUAACCUUUUUUAACAGUAAAAUUUUUUAGAAACUUUAAUUUGAGUUAUUUAGAUAACCGAAAGUUCCUACAACUUUUGUAGUUUUUGUAUUUUCUGACAAUCCUUUCCGCUUGGCGAACAUUGAUCUGCGACAAAGAAGAACCCACCUACGGAAUCAAAAUAGAACGGCCGGUACUUUGGCGUGAGCGGAUCGAACGUUAACCCUGCAGUGCACUAUUUUCUUAUAUUAGCGAUACUCUACAUACGUUACAACUUUAUAUCGCGAGGUGUACUGGUGACUUGUAUCGUCGCCGAAUCGCAUCUUAAAGAUCUCUAACGCGAGAAACACAGCUAUUAUGCAAUGCGUGCAUUGUUGCACGUUGCAGGGUUAAUUCAGCGUGAGCCGCAGAUCCGGAAAUCUUAAUAGCUUUCUAUCGCCGAUUCUGCUGAUGCUAGUAGUAGUAGUUUCCUUCCUAGUUUAUAAUGCGCGGAUACUUUUCACGUACUAAUUUCUCGCGGCAUACCGGAAGGCUAUCCGCUCGUGCCAAACGAUGAAGAGAGGGAGAUUACAUAUAGAAUUAGUUAAUCGUUAAGUUAAACCUCGUUACUUCGCGACAAUGGUGCUGAUUGUUAAGUAAAAGCGGAUACACCGCGCACUUUCCGUUCUUUUAUGGCGAUGAGAACCGUGCCGUUACGCUUUGUGCGCCUAAGUCAAUUGCGAUUUUCGGAUUAAUGUUCCCCCGCGACAUUGCAACUGUCUACGUAGAAAUCGUGGGGUAUAAUUUGUGCGUAAGGAAUAUCGUUUUAUGCUUAACUUAUUUUGCAAAUAAAUGUGAAAGCGAACGAUCGCUUGCGCGUGAAAUGUCAAACAUGUGAUAUCAGAUAGUUUACACGAAGGCAGCAAGUAAAUAAAACUUUAACACAGAAACUGUUGUUUCAGGAAUAUUACGGCAAAAGUACAGCCGGAAGUUUGCAGCUACUUUAAUUAUUUUAAUCGUUUUAUCUGAAUAUGCAUUAUGGAACUGAUCGAAAUGGAGUCUGAUUGGAAUUAUUUCAUUUUUCCUGGAAAAUACAAUAAAAAGGAUGUAAUUGAACAAUUUCAGAUCGGAAUCCAUUCCAAACGUCUCAUAAUAUCCAUAAAAUUUGAUAUAUUAGUGUUUUUAAUACGAAAGUCGUACAAUACAGUACAAUUAUAAAGCAAUUACAUUUGUGAUACAGUUUCGAGUGUUCAAUGCUAUCGGUUCAAAAUAACAAUUUAACAGUUUCAGUGACGUUUGAUUCGGCUUAUGUAACUUUAAUCGUGUGUAUAUUCUACCUUUUAAAAUAAAUAAAAAUAUCAAUAUAAUAAAAUAAUAAAGAUAUUUAUGUGUCUGACAUUAAUGAGUUUUAUAAGGGUUAUCGAAUCGAACUGUCUAGAAAGGCGUCGACAGGCUUUCCGCUGCGACACAGACUAAAGAGAAAUUCUCAAUUUAAUCAAGCUAUCGAUCAUCUUGGCUUCGAUAACAAAUAUUUUUCACAAGACAAGUUUGACGGUAAAACCAUAUUUUUUUCAAUCUAAAAUCUAUUUUCGUAAUUAUUUCCGCAUAAUUGGUCAACAAUUUUGAACGUUCGCUAUUUGUAGUGUCACCCGAGUUGCAAGGGACAGUGUUACCAUCGACGAUCCCAUAUCGCGUAAUUGUAACGGUAGUGCAACGUGCAUCCAGGAGCACCGGCAUCCGCUUAUUCGAUUAUCAUACCUCAUUCAAAGUUUCACCGGCCUUGACGCGCUACCUCGUGAAAAGUUUCACCGGCCUCGGAGAGUGCGCUCUCUUUCUUUCCUCUCCGAGGAAACGAAGACUGAUGCCCUUAUAGAUUUGUAUGUACACGAAACUAACAAUAAAGACGCUUCGCUCCGUUAAA